AGUGCUGAAGAACAAGAAAAACAAAAAUACGUACGGAAAAUUCGUAGAAUAAAUAUGGGUAAGGACCGCGGAGGACGAGGACGUCGGAAUUUCCAAUCCAAACCAUACAACAAGCACAACUGGCGUGGCCAGAAGAAGGAGCAGCAAAGGCGUAACAAUGGGGACGGCCCCAAACAACCACGCAACAGAGGACCACAACAGAAGUGCACACUUCUUGAGAAUCAAGUGGGAAUCACGGAAUUUACAAACGCUGACAUAGCCGGCUUUACGGGCAUUAUAAAAUCCCGUUUCUCCGAUUUCCAUGUGAACGAAAUCGACACCGAGGGGCACGUGUUGCAGUUGAACGACACCAAAGUGCCAAAAGUGGAAAUUGAACCUGUGGAUCAGUCUCAACUGGACGAAUGGCGUGAGAAACUAGCGACGGUAAUCGAUGAAAAUGUGUGGCAACAAAUCGCCGAUCUAUCCACAGCCAAAUAUGAUCCCAAAAGUGAUCAAAAUGUGGAUGUCAACGUAACCAGUCUAAAUAAGGAGCAGCGCACGCAAGUACAUCAUCUAAUCAAGCAGCUGUACAAGGGCAAAUUGGUGUCCAAAACGCUUGAUCAAGCCGAGCAGCAGGUACCCGAUUGUACUGGCGAGGAGAAGAAAAUUAUACGCAUCCUGAAGCCGAAGCCGGGUCGCUCUGAUAAUCGUUGGAGUUUCCCGCAUGAUUAUGCCACCUUUCUCGUGCAUAAAGUGAAUAUGGAUACCAGUGAAGUGGCCGCCACAAUAGCCAAUCGCUUAACAUUGCGUGCAUCUCAGGUGAACUACUGCGGUACCAAGGAUAAACGGGCCAAGACCACGCAGCGCUUCAGCAUCAAGCGUCGUACACCCGAGGCAAUUGCAAAUGCUGUGCGUGGCAUGAACAACGUUUACAUUGGCAACUUUAGCUUCUCGCCCAACACACUCAAACUGGGCGAUCUGCGCGGGAAUCGUUUUCGCAUUGCAUUGCGUCAUAUUACAGAGCAGCGCGAACACAUUGAGUUGGCAUUGCAGUCGCUGAAGGAGCGCGGCUUUAUCAACUAUUAUGGCUUGCAGCGUUUUGGGAACAGUGCCAGUGUGCCGACCUAUGAAGUGGGCGUGGCACUUCUCAAACGUGACUACAAACUGGCCUGUGAGCUGAUCUUGAAGCCACGUGACAAUGAUGUUGAAUUUAUGCGCGCCAUUCGUGAAGAGUGGUGGAAGAAUCGGGAUUCGGCUGCCGCUGCUGCCAAGUUCUACGGCAAUAAGUUCAUUGAGAAGAAACUGCUGGAUGGGCUGGCCACCUAUGGCGAGAAGGAUUAUGCAGCUGCUCUGCGUCGCAUACCAAGGAAUAUGCUGCUCCUCUAUCCGCAUGCAUAUCAGAGUCUGAUCUUUAAUCGAAUUGCAUCGAGACGCAUCAAAGAGUUUGGCCUGAAAUUGAUACCAGGUGACUUGGUCUAUGUCGAGGAUGACAUCUCAGAUGACCCCAUGCCUGUUGAAGAAAUCGCUGAGGAGGAGUUGGAUGUCGAUGACGAUGAGCAUGUGCUGGAAGAAGAAUCAAUAUUUAAACGCAAAGUGAGGCCAUUAACUGCUGAGGAUAUUGAGAGCAAUAAAUACAAGCUGUCGGAUGUAGUGAUGCCCCUGCCGGGCUACGAUAUAACAUAUCCAAGCAACGAGUGCGCUGCCUGGUAUGAGGAAAUGCUUGCCGAGGUGGGCUUAACCUCGGAGCUGCUGCGGCACAAGGAGAAAACCUAUGCUUUGGGUGGUGCCUAUCGUAAAUUGCUCAUUGAAACUAGCGAUUUGACAUGGAGUUUUCGUCGCUAUCGAACACCUGAAGACACUCUGAUUGCCUCCGAUUGGGAGCAGUUGAAAAACAUUGAAAUCACCCCAGAGCCAGCUGAGUCUGAAUCAGGCGAUUAUACGGCAUUACUUUUAGAGUUUACGUUGCCUACAGCCGUUUAUGCGACAAUGUUUCUGCGGGAGUUGUUCAAACAGGAUACGUCGACAGCCACGCAAAUGCAGCUGGAAAAGGAGGAAAUUAUUAAGAAAUUGCAACAGGAAAGUCGAGUAACUGCAGAAGAGCAAGUUGCACAAGAAAGUGCAACAAUUGCUGACGAGCAAAUUGAAAAGAAAUUGCCACAAGAAAGUCAAACAAUUGCUGACGAGGCGGAGGCGCAGUCGCAGCCAAUUUGAAAGUAACUGCCACCAAUAAAAAAUCGAUAAGAGAAAAUCAA